AUGUCUCGAUACGGACGUGAGGAAGAAACAACCAAGGAACCUAUUGGUGAGUCUGCUUCAGCCCCUCCUGUUUCGGCCCCUCCUGUGUCGGCCCCCACAGCCGGGGAGGACAGUGACUCCUCCGACAGCGACUCCGAGAGCGACACCUCCAGCAGCUCCGCGUCGUCGGUGUCGGAGUCCUCUUCGGAGGAGGAGAUGGAUCCGGCUCUGAUGGAAGAGCUUCCAGAAGAUGCGAACAAGGAGACGGAAGCGGCGAAGAAGCAACGUCACCUGGAAUUGGCGCGCAGCGCACAACUUAGGCGCAACGACUUGAUGGCGCUGCUGGGAGAUCUACCUCCAGAAGAAGCCGAGAAAGCAAUACAGAAUGCCUUUGUAGUCGUGAAGACGGACGAGAACCAAACGGCUCUGGCAGAAGUGGUGGGUGUAGAGCCUUCGGCUCCGUACAAUUGCCGGCAUCCUGAGCAUCCCAAGGAGGUGAAGCGAUUAGUUGUGCAGCUGCGCUGCAAGAGAGGUGUCUCCGAGAAGUUCAUCAAGGCUUCAGCCAUUAGCAGCACCAGCAUCGAGGAAAGUCAUAUCCAGCAAUGGUCCAAAGUCAUGGCCCGUUGCAGAAUUGAUCCUGAGCUUGUUCUUGAUCGUUUGAAAGAUCGAGCAGAGCAGAUCUCAAGGAACAAGCACAUCGACUACACCGAGGACACAGUGAAAGAUAUUUUAGCCCAAAAGAAGAAAAUUGAGUUCGAUGCGCAAAAGCAAUCUCGAAUGGCUUGCAACGUGCAGAUUGGUCUUACGCAGAUGGACAUUUCAAGCAUCAAGGAGUUCGAGAUGGCACAGUUGGCAAAGGAUCACAAAGCUGCUGAGGAGCAUUUGCACAAGAUGGAGAAAAAGGAGUACGAAGCUCAAGAACAUUGGUUCGAGACUCGCAGAGACCUCUAUGGUGUCAAGGAAAUCAAUCGCAUGAACGUGGAGCGUCAAAAGCGUGACGACGCGCAUGCUUUGAAGUAUGCGCUGGAGCACGAAGAACAAGAACAGACCAAGAUUAAUCCCUUCGAACGAAGGGCGUGUCGACCUGUGUCUGCGUGGGACACAAGCUUGACCUUCGUCGAGGAGCUAGAAGAGAUGAAGAGGCAACGCUUGGCAAGAGAAGCCCGUGCCAAGCAGGCCCAAGAAGCCAAGGCCCAAGCGAAGGUUGUGAAGGUGGCUGAGGAAGCAGGAAACGUCAAGGAGGGGAUGGAGAAGAUGGAGAAGAUGGAGAAGAUGGCAUCGAGUGCCGAGGGAAACAUCGGAAACAUCGAGUGCCUCAAGGGUUCCAAGGGAAAGGAUGGCGAGGAAGACGAAUUGGAUGAACUGGACAAGAUGAUCAAUGCAGCCAGAGAACAGACUGAACAGAACCAAAGGGAAAAUGGUGAAGAUGACGAUGCAGAGAUGGCAUCUCAGCUGAAGGCUUCCCAGGGUCGUGUGCAACUAGGAUCAGCUGGGGUGAGGAAGCUGCAAACCUUGGAGUCGGACAGCGAUGAUGAAGCUCCGCCCAAGGUUCGAGAGCUAAGUGCCGAAGAGAGGGACCAGCAGGAAAUGAACGAACAAACGAUGGACAUGUUGAAAAUGUCCACGUCGGAGCUGAAUUGCCAGGGUUACAACUGGAAAUCAGCCGCCCAGACUGAAUUUCAUCCACCAGGUGCUCCAAUAGAACCUAUGGUGGGAGAGGCCGCAUCUCCGCCCAAACCGAAACAUGUGGAACUGCCACCUGAGACGGCGCCUGAGAGCGCAGAGGUCACAUCGCCGCUGCCGAUAGGCACUCAAAUUAGCGGGAAAGGUCACAGGGAUGCGAGUCCUCAAAGCCAUGUCAACAAAAGCCUCUUCGGUGACUGGAUCUCCACCUGGACCCAACACUCGGAUGCUACUGCGGUAGUUGAUCUCUACCCCCAUGUCUCGUGGCAAUGGGAACACAAGACGGGCUGGAGGGACUACACAAGGAAAGUAAGCACGAAGAUUGAGUUGGCCUACCGCAGUGGAGAGACCAAAACUCGUGUGCAAACUGGCAAGAAGGGAGCCGUGCCGAUGGAGAUUUUCUUCGAGGACAUGCUGCAGCAUGACCCCGUCACUGGAAACACUCGGAAUGUGCAGAGGAGUGGUGCUUGGUCUAGAUGGCAGAGAUUCAAGCGCCUGUGCGCCAGUGUUGCGAGGGCCCUGGAGACUGGUCGCCCGCGCAAGGAGCGUUUCGCUGACUAUCAGAAGCGCCGGCAAGAGCACCAUGCAGAGAUGGAACAUGUGGAAACUCAGGAGUUUGAAGAGGAAGGGCCAUAUGGAAAGCAUUGCUGCGGCUUGCUGGCGAAAAGCCCUUUGUUCUUUUCAAGCACAAUGAUGGCAGUCGUAGCCUACACGAUUUGGCUUGGUAUUGAUGCAGACUGGAAUCCUGUACAUUCACUUCACGACUCGGAACCAAUAUUCCAAAUAGUGGAAAACCUCUUCUGUGUCAUUUUCACUGCUGAGCUCAUAAUCCGUUUCUGCGGCUUCCAAAAGAAGAGAAGGUGCCUUCGAGACCCUUGGUUCCUUUUCGAUUUGGUUCUUGCUCUCCUGAUGAUGCUGGAGGUUUGGAUAAUGCCUAUCAUAUUCAUUUUUGCCCCAGAUGUGAGCGAUUGGUUUCAGCAAUUUACGCUUUUGAGAACGCUGCGACUGGCCCGCUUGGCACGUCUCACAUCCCUCCUCCGCGCUUUUCCUGAAGCCAUGAUGCUGCUGAAAGGUAUCUAUGCUGCCGUACGUGGUGUCGUGACUACACUUUGCUUGUUAGUUGUGAUGCUUUUUAUCUUCGGUCUGAUCUUCAAGUCCCAGGCGCUCGAAAAUCAAGCGUUGGCCGACCGGUACUUCUCCUCUCUAUUCCACUCAAUGUGGACACUUUUCAUGCAUGCCACCUUAUUGGAUGGGCCCUCCAUUGUCUACUUGGACAUCGAAGCUGGCCUUAGCAGAUUUAUGGCUGGGCUCUUCGUGCUCUUUAUUUUCAUCAGCGCGUUCACGGUGAUGAAUAUGCUCAUCGGAAUUUUAUGUGAGGUGAUCAACAAGGUUUCUGAUACAGAGAAAGAAGAGGCUCAAAUCAGAUGGUUGAAGCGUCAUUUGCAAGAUAUAUUCGAAUGCUAUGACGUGAACCAGGACAAACACAUUGGUGUCAAAGAAUUCGAUCUCCUGUUGAAGAACCUGGAAUUCCGGGAAACACUUCUUCAGUUCGGUACUGACAUUCAGACCUUUGGAGAGAUAGUCCAGGCUGAAUACACCUCCAAAACGAGCAGCAUGAGCUUCGGAGAGCUUGUAUCCUACGUCCUACGCUUGAAGGGUGGAAAUGGUGCUCAAGUGACCGACAUCGCAGACCUGCGAAAGUGUGUCAAGCAGCUUGAAGUUCGCCUGGAGAAUUCAGGGAUGCUCCACGAGAAUUAUGCGGCGACCCGACCACCUAGAGUGGAAUCGAUCAAGGUCCGUAUCAAGCGUGCCAGGGGCUUGAGGAAUUCAGAUGUGGUGCCUGGAACAGGCCAAUCUGAUGUCUACUGCAAAUGUGUUGUGCUCGGGAAGCCUACCACAGGGGUGAGAACCCGCGUUGUUCAGGACAACAUAUCUCCGAUCUGGGAUGAGGAGUUCGUGAUGGCUGAUUAUCAAGCGGGAGAACAUUUGCGCUUCCAGCUUUUCGACCAAGACCUUCCACUGCUGAAGGAAGAUGACUACCUCGGCUCCGUGGUGCUGGAGAGCAGCCGCUUUUGUCCACAGGGCUUCGAAGGAGAGCUGCGAUUGACCGGUGCUGGUCAAGGUGUGGAAGCAUACCUCGAAGUCAAGGUCAAAGUGAAACUGCUUCCAGACGAGGAAGACUUGGGUGACCAACCCCAGACCUCUGAAACUGUCAACAGCAUCUGCUCGAAUGAAAGUGCAGGUGCCUCCAACCUCGCUAUGAUUCUGGCGAGAUUGGAUGAUGUCUAUGCUGUUCAGAAGGGCUUGCAAGAGCAACUGCGGCGUGUUGAAGAACGGAUGGACAUUGUCGAAGUAGCAGUGACCAGGACGGCGACCCCGGACCUUCGAGGGUUCAGCUGA